CAAACAAAACCAAGUUCUGAGUCAGCAAGUGCUUUACUAACUUCAGUUGGUCCACUUCCAUGCGUAAAAUUGGGCAUACCUACAACAUGGGGACUUCCACAGUCUGUUGCAAGAGACUCUGAGAGAAACUGUAUAGAUUUAGUGCAAAUGUAAAGAUUUAUCCUAGAUGAAGAUUUGGUUGCAGGGCAAAAACCAUCUUACUCGUUAAAAUGUUCACCCAUCCUUUCCCUGGGUGGUCACUAAGCAGCUCAGGCUGAAUACUCCUCAGCUGUAGCUUGUUUUAUUUGUUAGGCUAGUUUGAGAGUUUCUCUCAAAAUCCCCACCCUUCUGCAUUCAAGAUAAGAUGUAGUAACAUGGGUUCUCAGGAACAAGUGUGGCCUUGCUGUUUGAGAAGUUCCAUCUGUAGACUGCUAUAGCAACUUCCAUAGGAGGCAUCUAUUUACCCAUUCAGGAGAAAAAUCCCCCUGAAUGGCUGAGCAACAAGGGGAAAAAAGCAACCAGAGCAGGAAAAUGGGACUGGGGCAAGCCACAGAGAACCUGCUAUCAAGCAUGCAGUGCCCAAAUCACCUCAAAAGAGUGUCUAAAAGAUCUGUUCAAAAGGUAAACAAAUGCAUUCAAGUUUAUAUGGACUUGGAAGAGGAGAACGCCUGUGCAGACCUGAGCCUUUCUCCAACUGGCCUUUCCAGGAAGCUGCAGCUAUGUCCAGGGAACAUGUCACCUUCCCAGCAAGGUGUUUCCUCAUCUUCCCAAGUACAGUCUGCUCUGUCAGCUCUGCUACCACAGCUGCCAGCCCCUCCACCCUUACCCCCUGGAAAUAAAGUGCCUCUUCCACCACUUCUUGUGCCUGGCAUAACUGCACCAUCACUCCCACCUCUCCAGCCGUGCAGCAAUCCUGAAUGCAACCAUCUUACUUGUGGCUGUGGGGGGCAGCCUCACCCUAAGAAGACGCCAACAUUGAGGAUGAAGAUAUUUCACUGGCAAAAGCUCCCUUCUGAUGUGGUGAGACAAAGCCGCUCCAUGUGGGCUGUGAUGCCAAGCAGCAGCAAGGAGCUUGUAGAGCCUGACUAUGCAAGCUUGGAGCUACUUUUCUCUGUCCCACCAACAGCACCUAUGGAGAAAAUGAGGCCAAAAAUAAAGAAAAUAAAAGAGAUUACAUUCAUAGGUCCAAAAAAGAGCCUCCUUCUGAGUAUACUUCUGAAGCAAUUUAAGUGCUCCAAUGAAGAGAUUGCUGCCAUGAUUCAGAAAGGGGACAGUUCUAAGUUGGACACUGAGAUACUGAAGCAGCUACUUAAACUGCUGCCUGAAGACCAUGAGAUAAAUAGCCUGAAGUCUUUCAAAGAAGAAAGAACAGAAUUAGCAAAUGCUGAUCAGUUUUAUCUCCAUCUCUUGGAAGUUCCUAGCUAUCAUUUGCGGAUUGAAUGUAUGCUGAUUUGUGAGGAAACAAAAAUUCAGCUGGAGUGUCUGUGGCCAAAAGCACAAGCCAUCAGGACAGCCUGUGAAACACUUCUUACCAGUCACCGACUGCUAGUUUUCUGCCAAUUGAUUCUUAAAGUUGGAAACUUUCUGAACUAUGGGCAUCACACUGGAGAUGCUGGAGGCUUUAAAAUUAGUGCCCUGCUCAGACUAACAGAAACAAAAGCAAACCAAAGCCACAUUACUCUGCUUCACUAUAUUUUGGAGGAGAUAGAAAAGAACCACAGAGAUCUGCUGCAGCUUCCUAAAGAUCUUGACUUUGUUUCCAAGGCAGCAGGAAUCCACUUUGAUGCUAUGCGGGCGGAGGCAGGUGCCAAUUUGAAGAAACUGUUGGAAAUAGAGAAGCGCUUAUUUUUGUCGACAGAUGAUGUAAAAAUGCAGCAUGCAAAAUCUGUCCAGGACAGUCUCGAUGCUUCAAAGGACCUGCAGAAGGAAUUUGCCAACAUUGAAAGGAAAAAAGAAGAACUUGCUGAUUAUCUUUGUGAAGACCGAACAAAAUUGUCUUUAGAAGAUGUUUUUAGGACAAUGAAAACCUUCAGAGAGCUCUUCCUCAAGGCCUUACAGAACUAGGAAACCUCCAAGUUGCCAUUCCAUUGCAAAAUUAUUAAUCAGGCCUCAAUGCAAUAAAAGCUUAGUGGUGUGUGGAAAAAAUGAACAGCCUGACAUGCUUUAUAGGCUUUGCCAAUAGACAAAAGAUGAAUUUUCCAAUAGACAAAUCUAAUUGGAAGAUAUAUUUACAUCUAGGUGUUUUAUUGUACUAGUUAGCUCAAAACAGUACGUUUUGUGUCCCAUACAAAACAAGGUAUCUCACAAGAGAUUAUAUUUGGCACUUUAUCAAUUUAUAAGGCUUGCAAUAAGGAGUAAGAAAACAGGAAAUCUACCACAAAUGUUGUGUAGAGCACCUUCCAGCUGGUUCUCUAGAGGCCUUCACAGUUUCACAGCCCCUACUCUCUACUUCACUCCUGAACUAACAUAUUUCCUUUAGGGUUUUCUUAACACCCCUUUUUAUCACCCCUUAAGCCAGGUGAGAGUGGCUUCAGAUUUACGUAUUUUAACAGCAACAAUCACCCGCUCCUUUGCUGAAUCCAGGAGAGCCCCAGACUGGAUUUGCCUUUUAUAGAGAAAAUCAUCCACAUUACAAGAAAUAUUGCAAGAAUACAGACAUCUAUGCUGGGCAAUGUCAAGGCAAGAGAGGUUGAAGGAGUGCUAUUCCAUACAUCAUAGUUUCAGAUGAAAACAAAGGAGCUUCUGGGGAAGUGGUGGAAGAUGAAAGAUGAAAAAUAUAUCCUGAAUGUUCCCACUACCUGGUUGUCCUGUGAGGAACUGGGCUUCAAUUUUGCAAGCAAUACAGCUGUCCAGGCUCCAAAGCGAUGCUAUAGCACCGCAGACGGUGUGGAAAAUAAACCCUAUGAACCACAGAUCUUCUGUCAAUACGCUUGAUCCUUAUAGUUCCUAAAGCUGUAGGCAGGAAUGAUAGAAUUAAGAGUUAAGAACAUAAUGGCUCAGCAUAUGUGGAUAGAUAUACUGGGAAAUUGCUGUGAAGGGUAAAUGUAACAACUGCAGUUCUUCUAAGAAGCAGUACCAAUAAAAGUUAUGUACUGUCCUAGUACUGCUUCAGAAGAUUCAAACUACUUGUUUGGGUGCUGCUUGUUCACAAUUCGGUUGGAGCAACUAGAAAGAAGCUUCUUUUUAUCUACUCAACUUAUAAACUCCUUUUCAUCCUAUUUUUGGUUUCAUUUCUCAGCAGCACCUCACCUCAGAGGUACCACAGCUGUUAGCCCCAUGGUAUGCAUCUUUGUUACUGCUAUUGCAGACCUGUAAUGUAAUCUCCUCUCCCUUCUUACCUUGCUUUCUCUUAUUACUGUAGUAAAGAUACUCUCUAUGCUUGAAAUGACAACAUGCUGGAAACUUGAAGGUUUUAGUUUUUAAAGCAUAUUUUUGUUGUGCAGUUUUCAUUUUUACACUAGAAUCAGCCAUGUGCAUCUCUUUACAGUGCCAUUUGAUGUAAGUUUUAAGGCUGAGGUGUAACCUAUAUUUUGAGAUAUCUUCUGUGUAAAGCAGAUCUCUUAGCACUACCAAAGUAGCUAGUGCUGUCUUUCCAUUCUCACACUACAUAAGAAGGGAAACAACUAUGAUAUAGACUGAUACUUUAUAUCUCCUAGCCUUAAAUAGAAAGAUUUCGGGUUUGUAUCCUUGUUUAAACAAAACCUUUUUCCAUUCCCCGAGAGUUCUUUCUGGUGUCUCAUUUUUUAGGUAACAAAAAAUGGGCUACACAAAUGAAAUUACUAUCGUAAGAACCUGCCCUCUUCCUCUUCAUCUACUUGAAGUGAGGGAAGAGGGGGGAGGGCUUUUCAAAGUCACUCAAGUUACCCCCAGAACCGAAAAGGAGCUGGUUUGUCACCUGGGACUGAUGAUUGUUUCACCAACUCUUAAAAAAUAAAAGGAGCAGAUGGCAGGAGGAAGGAGACAAGGAGAAAGUAGCUUCCCAGCUCAAGGUUAAAAAAACAUAAUUGGAGAUAUACUGAGAACUGAGUUGUAAAAUUGUGCGGAAAAGAAACACUGUGUGAUUAUAGGAGAUUGGGAGAAACAUUUGAUUUCCCUUAGUAGUUGCAGCUGUUCAAAGAGGGGAGUUCCCAAAAAAGAGGCUGUCUAAUCUCAGACAAAGGAGAAAAAUGUUAAACAGAAUAUGCUUUAGGAAGUAUUCAGUUGACAGAGGUUAUAUAGACAGCUCUGUGCAGAUAUAGUUCCUUUGAGUUCUCCCCUAGGAUUAUCAAACCAGAGCAGCUGCUCCUCAGUAGGGUGCACAUGGUGUCAGAACAGGAUGUGCUUUUAGUUAGUGUGGGGAUAAACAGUUGUUGUGGAGCAUCUUUUAAUUCAAAGAUCAGGCAAAUAUCUAACAUCCCACAAAGUGCAAAUCCAAAGUGAUACCGUCUUUCAUUCAGUCUCAUCCAUAAAGCUGCCUUCAGUAAUCUAGGAGAUGGAGAAGUGAUUGUGAAUACUCAUUCCUCUGCCUUGUUACCAAGCUACCUUGUUGAGCUUUCUUAUGGUGAAGAAACUCUGUUGAAAGUGUAUUUGUGUCAAAUCGUUCUGUGUAUUUAAAAAAAAAUUCUCUGAACAAUUCUGUUCAGGCUUGCUCAAUCCAUGAAUUUAUUCUUAAUGUAUUUCGAUUUGUUUUCAGUACUGUGUGUGUGCUGCUCAAGUAAUGUACCCCUGAAUUCACCUUCUUUAUUCCUUGUGGCAUGUUACAUAGAGAUAUUCUCCCAGGGCCCACAGAUCUGCAAGUUUCUAAACAGCCAUAAUAUCUCAAAGAUAUUAUGCUAGGAAUUUAUCAGGCAAGCACAUAGGAGGCAUGCAGUGAUGAAAAGCUUUUAACCUCCCCAUAAGACAGCACCACCUGCACCUCUUUCUUUCAGAAGCACCCUCCAUUCGGAGCAAACAUGUGGUCUUCUUUGUCAAAAGUACAUGAUUUUUUCUCUCCUCUUUUAGGCAUCCAGUGAAGGUGCACCAUAACCUUGAGCCCAUAAUGCUUCUAUAUUUCAGAAAGACUGACUCUAUUAAGGUUCAUAAAUUUUCCUUAUUUGUCUGGAAAUCUCUUUGGACCAAAGAAUUCUAGGAUUUUAUUUUCUAUAAGGUCUCUAAGAAACUUGUGCAUGCUUCCUGGGACUUCUUCAGCCCAUCUUAUGGAAAUAGUGGCAGAUGACCCACAGCAAUCAACCAAAUCUAUCACUAUAAUGGGAAAAUGUCUUUCCUGAUACCAAACUCCCCCCCCCCCCUCCCCCAGAGAAGACCAUACAUGUCUCAUCAAGAAUCCUAUCUGCAUCAAAUCAUCAACAUCUUCCUGGGCAUUAUUAAAUUUUGUACUGUGGUACAGCAGCACCCUUCUCUUAGCAUCACACAUCUCUAGGACAGCAGGACAAAUAACUACUAAUCUACCAACAAUACGUAGAUAAACUACUGGCUGAUAGCAGACAAAAGCAGUCAAGCUUCGAGGUGGUGGUGGCAUUGUUCUGUUGAUGACUGCAGCUCUGCAACAAGGACUGCAUAAGCUUUUAAGAAAAUGGCUUUUGCCAUCUGGAUGUUCUGCUGCAGUUAUCCCAGUUGUUCAGAACUACCCUCAAUUGUGAUACUUACCAAAACCCAGAAAUACUCUUCCACUGAGCCAAGGUCUUCCUUUAUUAGGAGUAAUCAUUCAAUUGCUUUCUCUUCCUCCAUUAAUCAUAUCAUCUUGGUACCAGCAGCUCUGUGGAAAUCAGAGUCCUGCCUGUCUGAAUAAAUCCCAACAGGAUUUACGCCAUCUUGGCAGUUGUUUGACUGGUACCAACAGACAUCCAGCCUUGAGUCUGCCACUGAACACUAGUGAAGCAAUACAGCUGGCAAAUUUAAUGGGUGCCUGAAAAGAAACUGUGAAUUGCUGUUUAAGGCAAGUUGAAGAGUUCCUGAAAUUUCUGGUAGAAAUCCCUGAAUGCAAACAAUAUAAAAUCAAGGUUGCUAUGGAAUAAAUUUCUAACAUGCUAAUUAAGUUAAGAUAAUGUUCUGUUUUGUGGACAAAUGGGCUAAUUAAGAAGAAUGCAUUUCAGUCCAUAGUUGAAUGUUUCAGUUAAAGCUAAUGAAAUUGUUUGCUUGUAACAUCAUCAUAUGGAGAAUGCCCAAGGGAUUGACCGGGAAGCUGGUCUGCUAUUUACCCUCGAACCCCAGCAGCUGAAAGCUUUCAAUGUGCAUAGGACAUAUUCAGAAUAGCUAUUCAUUGCAAAUUGAGAGUUUCUUAACCAGCUUUUCUUUCAGUAACUCUCAUU